GUGCAAGACUUCAGGAGGUCAAGCUAGUACAAUAAUAUUACAGAAGCAUCUUGAAUUUUUCAUAUUGGAUUUAUUGUGGCUGAAAGGAGAAAAGAAGUAAUGGAUGUUCUGGGGCUUCUAAAAAUUCGGGUUCUUAGAGGAAACAAUUGGGAAGUUAAGGAUACAUUUAGCAGUGAUCUUUAUGUUGUUGAUGUGGGUGGACAGAGAGUGAAGACCAGUGUUAAAAAGAACAGCUGCAACCCUAUUUGGAAUGAGGAAUUGACUCUAGCACUGAAGGACCCAGACAUUCCAAUUGUUCUUUCUGUAUAUGACAAAGAUACAUUCACCGGAGAUGACAAGAUGGGUGUAGCAAGGAUAGAUAUUAAACCAUACCUGGAAAUUCUGAAGAUGGGCUUACAAGGCCUCCCAAAUGGGGUCAAAGUAGAUAGAGUUCAGCCAAGCAAGGACAACUGCCUAGCAUGUGAGAGCUGCAUUAUCUGGGAGAAUGGUAAGAUGACCCAAGACAUGAUCCUUAGAUUGCAAGAUGCGGAGUGUGGUGAAGUAGAGGUCCAAAUUGAAUUGAUCCCUAAAUGUAUCCCCAAGUGAUGUGUUCCUUUCUUCGCUUGCUGUAUUUUAGACUACUCUUUUGGAAAUCUAUAGUAGGAAGGUUUGAAUGAGCAAUGCGGCAGCUCAUUUUUACUAAUAAAGUGAAAGCUUUGAGUAAGACGACCAGUCCAAGGCUUAAUGUACUGUUGUACUGUAAAUCCUCAUGUUAAUGGUUCCAAUCUGGAUUGGUAGACCGAAGGACCGUAAAUCCUCAUGUUAGUUGUAUCUGGCACUUCUCUGUUUACUGCAAUAAGAAAACUGUUUCCUAUAA